AUGGACUCGAGGCGACAGGAAUAUUCUGGACGUGACGGAAUCACUGCUAGUACAGAGAAUGAUUUAUUGUGCGAGACAUGUGCACAGAGUCUGAAAUCAGACGACGCCUUUCCUGGGAGUACUCUUUCUACGAGUCCAGAGGAUGGUAAAGCUAGACUUCAUUCUCUGACUAAGAAAUAUCAAAGUUAUAUCGUGGGCAGUGCUCAAAGUGAGCCUCGUUCUGUUACUCUACCACUUUUACCAGAGCUGUCAGAUGAUUGGUACAAGAGCUAUAAAACAACGCGGGCGCUAGUACGCAUAUAA